GUGGAACGGUCCAGAUCUAACCGGAAGUGAGUUGUCUACUGAGAGAGGUACUUCCUGUUUUUGGGGAGCUGGUGACAGCAACAGCUGGAAAGGGGACAAGCGGGGUGCUGUCCGUCCUGCCACUACCAUGAUGCGGACAGCAGUGAUGACUGGUGCCAGCCUGGCCCUUACUUCUGCUGUGGUGGCCCAUGCUUACUAUCUAAAGCAUCAGUUCUACCCAACAGUGGUGUAUCUAACUAAAUCAAGUCCCAGCAUGGCAGUCAUCUAUAUACAAGCAUUUGUCUUGGUUUUCCUCUUGGGAAAGUUCAUGGGCAAAGUUUUCUUUGGUCAACUGAGAGCAGCUGAGAUGGAGCAUCUUCUGGAAAGAUCUUGGUAUGCUGUGACAGAAACAUGCCUGGCAUUCACAGUUUUUCGUGAUGAUUUCAGCCCUCGUUUUGUGGCACUAUUUACUCUUCUGCUGUUCCUUAAAUGCUUUCAUUGGCUAGCAGAGGACCGAGUCGACUUUAUGGAGCGCAGUCCAAACAUUUCCUGGCUUUUCCAUUUCCGCAUCCUCGCUCUGAUGCUCUUAUUGGGUGUACUAGAUGUAUUAUUCGUCUCCCACGCAUAUAACAGCCUUGUCACUAGAGGGGCCUCUGUGCAGCUAGUCUUUGGAUUUGAGUAUGCCAUUCUUAUGACCAUGAUCCUCACUGUCUUCAUAAAAUAUAUUCUUCACUCUGUGGACCUGCAGAGUGAGAAUCCAUGGGACAAUAAAGCAGUUUAUAUGUUAUACACUGAACUACUGACAGGAUUUAUAAAAGUCUUGCUGUACAUGGCUUUUAUGACUAUUAUGGUGAAAGUUCACACAUUCCCUCUUUUUGCUAUUCGCCCAAUGUACCUGGCAAUGAGGCAGUUCAAAAAAGCAGUGACUGAUGCCAUUAUGUCAAGGAGAGCAAUCAGAAAUAUGAACACAUUGUACCCGGAUGCUACAGCAGAAGAGUUACAGGCAAUGGACAAUGUGUGUAUCAUCUGCAGGGAGGAAAUGGUGACUGGAGCUAAGAGACUGCCAUGCAAUCAUAUAUUCCAUACCAGCUGUCUGCGAUCCUGGUUUCAGAGACAACAGACGUGCCCAACAUGUCGUAUGGAUGUGCUCAGGGCCUCGAUGCCAAACCCACCACAGACAAACGCUGAUCAACCUGAUCAAGCUCAGCAGCACCAGGCUCCUCCGCAAACCACCCCCAUCAUCCCACCACAACCCAACUUCCCUCCUGGGAUCCUUCCUCCCUUUCCACCUGGUAUGUUUCCUCUUUGGCCUCCUUUGGGACCAUUUCCACCUGCUCCUGGGGCGCAAGGACCAAACCACCCUGAAGAAGCCAGCUCAGGACCCUCACUUGCAUCUUCUUCAAGACCUCCAGAUGGCGCUGAAGGUAGUAGUUCUGAUACAGCAGCUGGACCGUCUUUACCUGGUUUUCCAUUCCCACCUCCCUUUCUUGGAAUGCCUAUGUUCCCUCCAUUUGGUCUGCCUCCUAUGCCCAUGCCACCUGCUGGCUUUGCAGGGCUCACAGAUGAAGAAUUGAGAGCAAUGGAAGGACAUGAAAGACAGAAUUUAGAAGCCAGGCUGCAGUGUCUUCAAAACAUCCACACAUUACUGGACGCAGCAAUGUUACAAAUCAACCAGUAUCUCACAGUACUGGCCAACAUUGGGCCCCCUCGCACCUCCUCUCCUCCAGUGCAAACUCCCUCAACUUCCUCUGAUGCUGCUUCUCCUGACAGUACUGAAACCGCUCAGUCCCCAGAAACAACUUCCACUACAGCUGAUCCUGGACCUUCCUCUUCCUCCCAGAGAGUUUCUCCUGAACCUGAAAAUGAUGAGACUUUCAGCCCAGCUGAAGCAGGAAGUUCAACAGAAGAACCAGACACUGCAGAGAUACGAAGACGUAGGCUUCAAAAACUGCAAACCGGCCUUAAUGAAUCUCACUGAAGCUCCACUUGAGCGAUUUUGUUUCUCUGAUAUUUUUGUUUUGACUAUGAACUUAAUAGGGAAAUUAUGCUUUUUGGAGGAAAAAAUGAUGCUUCAAUUGGACUCAACUAAGAGCCUUGCAAAUGUUGAGCUGGACUUACAUAAAUAUAUAUAUUUUUUAAGGACAUGGGAUGGGCCAUAUAUGGGCAGAUGCUCAUUAUUUGAGGAUGGACUGCUGGCCUCAUUAAACAUGUUGGACUCAUUUCAGUAAAAUUAAAGAUUUGUCUUUUCCUGUG